CGAUGUGGUCGAGUUAUAAGAUUAACAGGUAUGCCAAAGGAAAAAUAUGAUCCUCCAGAUCCCCGCAGAUGUUACACCAUCAUGUCAGCUGAGGAGGCGGCCGGUGGGAAGAAGUCUCACUGGGCUGAGCUGGAGAUCUCUGGGCGGGUGAGGAGUCUGAGCAGCUCCUUAUGGACACUCACACACCUGACAGCGCUGCACAUCAACGACAACAACCUGAGCCGCAUCCCGCCGGACAUCGCCAAGCUGCCACACCUGGUCUACCUGAACCUGUCGUCCAACAAGCUGCGCAGCCUGCCCGCUGAGCUGGGCAACAUGGUCUCUCUCAGGGAAUUGCUUUUAAACAACAAUCUUUUACGAGUUCUGCCUUAUGAACUUGGGAGGCUGUUCCAGUUACAAACCCUGGGACUAAAAGGAAACCCUUUGUCCCAGGACAUCCUCAACCUGUACCAGGAGCCCGACGGAACCAGGAAGCUUUUGAACUACAUGCUUGACAAUCUAGCAGUGCAUCCAGAGCAGCUGCCUCAGAGACCUUGGAUCAGUCUGAAAGAGCGAGACCACGUGAUCCCCACAGCCGUGUUCACCGUCAUGUGCUACAACGUGCUGUGUGACAAGUACGCCACGCGGCAGCUGUACGGCUACUGUCCGUCCUGGGCGCUGAGCUGGGAGUACAGGAAGAAAGGCAUCAUGGAGGAAAUCACCAACUGUGACGCCGACAUCAUCAGCCUGCAGGAGGUGGAGACGGAGCAGUACUACACAUUCUUCCUGGAAACGCUGAAGGAGCGCGGCUACGACGGCUACUUCUGCCCAAAGUCUCGUGCCAAACUGGUUUCUGAACAGGAGCGGAAGCACGUGGACGGAUGCGCCGUGUUCUUCAAGACGGACAAGUUCACUUUGGUCCAGAAACACACGGUGGAGUUCAACCAGGUGGCCAUGGCCAACUCGGAGGGGUCAGAGGUCAUGCUCAACAGAGUCAUGACCAAAGACAACAUCGGCGUGGCCGUUCUGCUGGAGGUCAACAGGGACGCGUUCUCUGAGGACGUGAAACCACCUCCGGAGAGGCAGCUGAUCCUGGUGGCCAACGCCCACAUGCACUGGGACCCCGAGUACUCGGACGUCAAGCUGAUCCAAACCAUGAUGUUCCUGUCGGAGCUGAAGAGCAUCGCCGAGCGGGCCUCCGGCUCGGUGGCGCCCGCCUCCGACCCGUCCUCCAUCCCUAUCGUCUUGUGUGCUGACCUCAACUCGCUGCCCGACUCCGGUGUGGUGGAAUACCUGAGCAACGGAGGAGUGGCAGAGAACCACAAGGACUUUAAGGAGCUGCGCUACAAUGAAUGUCUGACCAACUUCAGCUGCAACGGCAAGAACGGCAACUCUGAUGGAAGCAUCACUCACAGCUUCCAGCUGAAGAGCGCCUACGACAGCAGUCUGAUGCCUUACACCAACUACACCUACGACUUCAAGGGCGUGAUCGACUACAUCUUCUUCUCCAAGACCCACCUGAGCGUCCUGGGGCUGCUGGGGCCGCUGGACAGCCAGUGGCUGGUGGACAACAGCAUCAGCGGGUGCCCCCACCCCCACAUCCCCUCGGACCACUUCUCCCUGCUGGCCCAGCUGGAGCUGCACCCGGCCCCGCCCCCUCCCAGCCGCCCCCCCCUCAACGGGCUGCACCUGCCGGUCCACAGGUAGUGCAGCCCCGCGCGUCCCACCGCUUCAGACUGGACUCUGUACAGUUCCCCUCACUGCCCCAUCCACCGCUGAGGCGCUCGCACCCACAGGAGUGAAGUAUUCGCCCGUUUGCGGCUCCUCUUUCUUUGCACACUGUAAACCUUUGUUUUAUUUCAUAUUCUCCCCAUAAAAAGGCUUGAUACCAAAUAUUGGGCUUGGGAUGAGGUUUAAUCAGAUCUAUCUAUGUCUGACCUGCAGGUUUUAGAUGUGAGCCGUUAGUUUUCAGAAGGCAGAGGUUGAUGGUCCUGAUGAUGCCUUGCUUAAGGGCCUUUAGAGCAACAUCACAACGGUAGCUCAUCUCUACUUCCUUUAGAACGUGGUUGAGUGUUAACAGCAACGGUGUCGUUUUUAUUUGUGUUUUUCAGUUUUAUGAAGCGACAGAACGAGUUCAGAUCGUCCCCUAGUCUCCGACUGGUUUAAGAGGAUGUUAGUAAACCGACGUUCACUCAGAGGAAGUUGGGAUUUUGGCCAUUUAGGGUCUUAAGAGUGGCUUUGACUGAGCUCAGAUGAUGUUUGUGUAUUAGUGCCAGAUACAAGCUGGUGAAUGUGUCCACCGACGGCUGACGCCACGUUGCUGCUGGAGCCUGUGGGCGUGUGGCGGGUGGUGCUAGGAGCCCUUUACGGAGGCUGUAACUCAGGGCUUCGCUGUGCAUCCAACAGAGUCUCAUCAACGACAGCAAAACCAAACCAGGAGCUGCGGUUCUGACGGUCCGUUAAAGCACAGCUUGUUUCUGCCCUUUGUUGCUGCUGCACUUUUGCGCCGUUACCAAAAACAGUAGUGAAGCUUCAGAAGCUGCAAAUGAAAUGAAUGCGGCUUCAGUUCAGAUAAGCAGCAGUGACUCACAGCGAGGCCCGGCCCGGUCUUUAUGUCAGAGGCAGAAGAGGCUGCGGUCGAGUGAAGCGGGAGCGGCUGCGCUGCAGCUCCAGGCUGCAGAGUUCACGCGGCGGCGGCGGCGGCGGAAGCCGUGAUGAUGCUGUUAGCCGUCAGGGAUCCAGGGAUGCUGAGGCCGAUACUUCACUCCUAACGUCGCCGCUCUGCACAUCGUCCUCCACUUUCUCGCUCCUUCUGUCAUUCUCAGCUGCUGCUUUGUACAAUUCAGUAUUAAGCACGUUUUGAAGGAGAGCUGUUGUAGGUUUAAAGGCAUUUAUUUCUCACCUCAGCUUUUUGCUCUGAACUAUUCCCUCGCCCCUCCCUCUCUCUCUCAGUCACACGUUUAACAUUUGCCACAUUGAGUUGUCUCUGUAGAGCGCGCCUCACCUUUUUCUACAAACAACGUGCCUAGUUUCUACAACUUCUCCAACAGCAGCACUGCCCAUGAAACAAAGACGCUCAGAGAUGAAGCCAGCGCCACCACCAGUCCAUCCUUCCAUCCUUUCUUCCUAAAGCAACCUCUGGGAACCACAUCACACGGAAUCCACGCUGGAAAACGCUGGAGUCCAUCCUCACGUUCGACUAAUAAUCGAAAAGCAUCUGGUUGUCUUCUUGUCCUGGCGUCACUGCAUGCGAUUUCUGAAUGUAACCCUCGAAUCAGGCCCUGACGUUUGUCUUUGUGUUCCUGCCGGUGGUUUUAUAGCCGUUUGUUUGUCAUAUGAGGCCCAUUGUCUUCUCUCACGUUGAAUACGAUCAACGAGGCCCCGACUGCUGCGUUCAAACCGAAAUGAGUUCAUGUGAUGCUGAGAACCUGUGGAACGCUGGUCACUGCACCGUCGGACAGCACGCUGUGAACCCUGGCAGCGUCCGCGGGCCCAACCUCCUGUUGGUCCUGUAACACGUGGCUGCUACGCGCUGAAGCCUCAGCACCAGUGGAGCGUUUGAGCUUCCAGAAGCAGCUGUGGGAACGGGCCCGUCUCUGCGUAGGAACCACAGGCAGCAGCAGGUUGAGCCUUCGUCCAGGUCCAAACGGAACCACCUGCUUUUAUUUUCUACGCUCCCCAGGUCUUUAAGAGUUUGUGCAUGACUUUAUUGGACUUGACCCAAACACUAAAAAGCUAAAAGGCUCCAUUUUCAGUGGAGACGAGCUCUUUCUGCUCUGAACCUCUGGUUCACUACAGCACACGGACCCGGAUCAGGAGUAAAUCAGGACUUCCACAAAGGCUGAGCUGCGUUCGUUCCGUGAGCAGGUGAACGUGCUCAGCGACACCCGUCACCGUUCAACCUCCACACUUUCACCUCCUGUAGGCAAUAAAUGUCGAUUUUUCUGAA